AUGUCUUCUACAGUGACUAGUGCUCCGGCCGACGUUAAGUCCAAUGCUUCCGACUCUUACGAUAUUGUAAUUGCCGGAGGCGGCGCUACCGCCUGCAUCGUCGCUGCCCGAGUUGCAGAGGCAGACCGGUCCCUGAAGAUCCUGAUUCUGGAGGCAGGACCUGACGUUCGCAAUGAUCCUGCAACCUACCAAGCGGGUCGCACUUUCCAUCAUCUUCACGCUGCCUCCAAGACCGUGAAGUUCUACGCUGCAGAGCCAAACCCUGCCUUGGACGGUCGUCAGGCUUUCUACCUUCACGGACAAUGUGUCGGCGGAGGCUCUUCUUUCAAUCUGACCAUGUACUCCCGUGCUGCCGCGUCGGACUACGACGACUGGAAGACUAAGUACGGUGCUGAAGGCUGGGCGUUCAAAGACCUCCUUCCUUACUUGAAGAAAUGCGAGAACUAUACUCUCGAGACCCCGACGCCCGAGGUACACGGCAAUGCUGGGCCGCUGACGGUGUCUCACGGUGGCGAGUUCACGACCGUCGCCAAGCAGUGGCUGGAGGUCGCUCCCAAGUUCGACGGCAGGCCUUCCAUCGAGGACCCGAACGAUUUCUUCACGGUGAACGGUUAUUCGCGCUGGAGGAAGUGGAUCGACGGCGAGACCGGAAGGCGCUCGGAUUCAGCCCACUGCUAUCUCUAUCCGGAGCAAGACAAGAACGCGAACUUGCAAGUCUCAACCGGAUGCGUCGUCAACAAAGUUGUGUUCGAAGGUACUCGUGCUGUCGGUGUCGAAUAUGUCAAGGACGGCAAGACAUUUGUUGCCAAAGCAUCGAAGCAGGUCUUGGUCUGCGGUGGCGCACUGGGGACUCCCGCCAUCCUUGAACGCUCGGGUCUCGGCGGCAAAGCAGUCUUGGAGAAGGCCGGGAUUAAAGUGGUUUCUGACUUGCCCGGUGUCGGAGAGAACUUGAUCGACCAUCACGUCAUCUUCUGGCCAUAUAACACUACACAAGACCACGUCACAUUCGACGCCAUGAGCAGAGGCGAACCGGAGGCCAUGAAAUACUGGGGCGAUAUCUACGCCAAGGAGAAGCGAGGCAUCCUUACUUCAAAUCCUGUGGAAACAGGUCUCAAGCUGAGGCCUUCUCCUGAGGAACUGAAGGCCAUUGGUCCAGAGUUCACGAAACGUUGGAACAGUUAUUAUGCCAAUGCACCGGACAAGUCUAUCCUCUUCAUGGCUGCCGUGUCGAUGUUCUUUGGCGACAUCUUGGCAGUUCCGAAGAAGAACUACUACAGUCUUGGGUACUUCCAAAACCAUCCAGAGUCCAUCGGUAACAUCCAUAUCACUUCCUCCGAUCCAUCGGUUCCCCAAAAAUUCGACUCGAAGUGGAUGAGCUCCCCUGCAGACAUGGAGGUGCUGGUUUGGGCAUACAAGCACUCCAGGGAGACCGCUCGCCGUAUGCCGAUUUACCGUGGCGAAUUCACGGAGAACCACCCUGUGUUCCCGAAGGGAAGCGCUGCAGCUACCAAGGAGGAAGAGACGGGCCCCGUCCCUAUGGACGCACCUACCAUCAAGUACACGGCCGAGGACGACGAGGCGAUUAGGACCGCUAUCAAGAAAUUCGUUGCUGGCUGCUGGCACUCCAUGGGCACUGCUGCGAUGAAGCCAAGAGAGAAGGGCGGUGUCGUGAACUCGAGGCUGAAUGUCUAUGGAACUCAAGGACUCAAGGUCGUCGAUCUCUCCAUUAGCCCUGACAAUGUCGGAGCGAACCCGUACUCCACUGCCACGGCGAUUGGUGAGAAGGCUGCGGUGAUGAUUUGUGAGGAUCUCGGUAUCACAGUGAAAGCUUGA